AUGGGACAGUCUGCUUCUACAGCGCGAGAUCCACCCGACACUGGUUACCCAGAUUACCACACUUCUUUCUCAGCAGAGCGCAACCCUGAUAUGAGGAAUGAAGACAUGAACAACGAACAGGCGACUGAGCAGAACGGAGGAGCCGGUUCCUCAUCCGGAGCGGAAAUACACCAUCACAACGACCAAGAUAUGGCAUUGGAUCAAUCGCAUGAACAAUUAGAGGAUUGGCAGCAACCCGCACGAUUUUCCGGGGAUUAUUCGAAUCAGAUGCGGAGCAUAGAAGAAGAGCAUGACGCUGAAUAUGAGCUUCCAGAUCGAGAGUUACGCUCGGCCGCUAUGGCCCGUAUGGCAAGGCGACAAUCCACCAUGUCGAGAUUAGGAUCCAGAAUUCUCCCCAAUUCGGUGAUCCGAGGUCUUCUUAGUAGCACAGAGGAGACACCCGCAGAGGGCCACGCACACCGCCAUGGACAGGUUCCAAGAACACCUGUCAGGUCUGAGACGGCUCAUAGUACCAGCCGUUUUAGCCCUUUCCAAGCACUUGGAUCCAGGGGAAUCACCCGCAGACGUACCUCUCGAACACCUUACUUCAUUCCUCCUCGCGCAGAGCGCGCGGAUUCCACCGUUCUUUCAGAUGCUGCAACCGACUCUAUUGUUGAGGCUACCGCUCAACGGCUACCAGAGCCCGCCAGGUCAUCUUGGCGUCGAAGUGCUCGCCUGCACCGCAUGCGCCACUCUCUUCCCGCACCUAUCUCUAACAUGUUCGGCCAGUCGCAAUCUGAUAUGGCCUCAUCACAUGAGAGUCCAUCGUACCAACCAGUGAGACAGUCUUUCGACGAUAUUUUACCAAGUCCCAUGGAUACUCGCCUGGACUUUGGUGAACCCCUGCCUGAAUUGGAUUCGGUAGAACCUGGAGUUUCAAAUGGUGAGCCGCUAUCUUCCAAUCAGCCAAACCCUGGCGUAUUGGGGAUGCGCAGGCUUCCUGGCUUAAUAAGAGCCCGAUCUGCGCGAGCCUUACGCCGAGAAGAACAAACACCUCUUUCUCGGGUUCUUCAACUCGCUGCAGCUGCCAUCGCGGCUCAGCUUUCUGGCACCACUGGCCCUGCUCUGCCAAAUAUACAAGCCCUUGGAAACGACGGCCUGGAAGGCUCUCUUGAGAACUUCAUCCAGAGUUUACAGCAUGCCACAAAUGCCCAAUCCCAACCGACAGCGCCUGGAGAAGGAUCGAGUAACCCGGGACCCGAAGGACCAUCACCACCGGUGAACUUUCUGAGAGUCUUCCGUUUUGCCAAUUCGGAGUCUCCGCUGGGCCCCAAUCUUGAAAAUCCUGCCAAUUCUUCCAACACCAAUGCCACCAGUGAGAACUCGAAUGGGCCUGAUACCCAAGGCGCCCCGUCAAACGGAAUGUCUCUUGAUGAUCCUCCAGAGGGCGGCGAGGGUCGAACAGUUACAUUGGUAGUUGUCGGUGUACGGUCCGUUCCAUCGAGCAACGGAGGUAAUGGAGGUAAUGGAGAACAGGGAGCGCAAGGCGCUGGGGGUCCAGGCCUGGAUGCUCUUCUUGGACUACCAUUCCUCCCGCCCAAUGCUAUUCCGCGACCUGCAGGUGUGACAGGGGAUCUGGCACAGCGACCAGAUGGAAUUGGAGGAAUGAAUCCUCCGCGUCCUGCAGUGCCUACAUUCCGUGCACCUAGUGUUCCAGAGCUUUUGCGACAACCAGGAUUAAACCCCUCUCGCAGACUAUCUGACGCCGGACUUCGUCCAGGAUACCCAUCAUUCCCCCCUUCUGCCUUAUCUGAAAGCCCACCUGGUCCCCACCCUCCUCCCUCAACACCCGCCGAGCACGGCGUAUCUGCUGUAUCCUCUGGCACUUCGACUCCAAGCCGUAGGCCUUCCUCUGCGUCAGCCAUGUCGCCGAGUAUUCUACCGCAUUUGCAUGAGGGAUAUCCGUUGCAAUCGACAGCGGAACCCACAGAGGAGCCGGUCGCACCUAGCGCCGCUCGGCAACGCCGACGAAGCGAUUCCGAGUACGCCCGUCAUCGUGCUCUUGGAUCAGGAUCAGUGCGCCGCAAUGGCAUGGUUGAACCUGAUCAACCUUCUCCCAGUGGUGGUCGAAGCUGGUUGAUCUACGUCGUGGGGACCAAUCUAUCAGAGAACCACCCUGCUCUUACAACACCGAGCCUCUUCACUGAUAACCCCACGUAUGAGGAUAUGAUUCUGCUAUCGUCCCUGUUAGGACCGGCUAAGCCCCCUGUCGCCUCACAGGACGAUAUCAAUUCCGCAGGCGGAUUGUUCCGUCUUGUCGAAAAUGCGGGGUCCUUGGUUGCCGAAUUUGUGGAUGGCACCGGCUCAAUUCAGAUGUCGGACGGAGAGCGUUGUCUCAUCUGCUUGAGUGACUAUGAAGUCGGCGAGGAAGUCCGAGAAUUGAACAAGUGCAAACAUGUCUUCCACAAGGACUGCAUUGACCAGUGGCUUACGACUGGCCGCAACUCCUGCCCACUCUGUCGUGGUCAAGGCGUCGUUGAAACCUCUAACGAUAAUAGCGCUCCAACAUCUGAAGCUGCUCCUGCCGCUGUCCCUACCCCAGCUGCUGAACCCACUGAUUUUUAG